AUGACUGAAGCUGCCAGUAUCUACCCCCCGUUGGAGAGCCGUCCCAUGAAGGACACGGUCGUUCUGUUCGAUGUUGACGAGACUCUGACCCCCGCAAGACGGCAUGCCUCCCACGAGAUGCUCGAGUUACUCUCUCGAUUGCGCCACAAGUGCGCUAUUGGAUUCGUUGGCGGCUCGAACCUUGUCAAGCAGCAAGAGCAACUUGGCUCACCAACCAUCGAUGUUACCACCAUGUUCGAUUUCUGCUUCUCCGAAAAUGGUCUGACUGCAUUCCGCCUCGGCAAGCCACUCGCCAGCAACAACUUCAUUCAGUGGCUCGGGGAGGACAAAUACCAAGCACUGGUGGAUUUCGUUCUUAAGUUCAUUGCCAACACCAAGUUACCCCGCAAGCGUGGUACUUUCAUUGAGUUCCGUAAUGGAAUGGUCAACAUUAGCCCCGUUGGGCGUAACGCAAGCGUUGAAGAACGUGAUGAGUUUGAAGCUUUCGACAAGAUCCACAACAUCAGAAAGACACUGGUGGAGCUCUUGAAGAAGGAAUUCCCCGACUAUGGUCUCACCUACUCGAUCGGUGGUCAAAUUUCUUUCGAUGUCUUCCCCACCGGCUGGGACAAGACCUACUGCCUACAGCACAUUGAAGCUGAAAAGGAAAUCUCGGGUAUCGAUUAUAAGACCAUCCACUUCUUCGGCGACAAGACUUUCGUCGGAGGAAAUGAUUACGAGAUCUACGAAGACCCUCGCACCAUUGGACACUCCGUUGAUGGUCCUCAAGACACCAUCAACCAGCUGAAGAAGCUGUUUGACCUAUAG